GUAAAAAAUAUCACUGUGUGUUUGGCUCCUCCAGGUGAUGGCGAUGAUGACGAGGAGGAAGGUCGUGAGGAGCGCCUUCCAUCUUGUUACGACUACGUCAUGCAUUUCCUCACCGUCUUCUGGAAGGUUCUGUUUGCCUGCGUCCCGCCAACAGAGUACUGGAACGGCUGGGCCUGCUUCUUCGUGUCCAUCAGCGCCAUCGGGCUCCUCACCGCCAUCAUCGGGGAUUUGGCAUCGCAUUUCGGCUGCACCGUGGGGCUGCGGGACACUGUGACCGCCGUGGUGUUUGUGGCGCUGGGAACUUCCAUUCCAGACACCUUUGCUAGCAAAGUGGCUGCCAUACAAGACCAGCAUGCCGACGCAUCGGUUGGAAAUGUCACUGGCAGCAACGCAGUCAACGUGUUCCUGGGGAUCGGAGUGGCAUGGUCAGUGGCCGCCGUGUACUGGAGAAUUAAAGGAAAGGAGUUCCGGGUGGAUCCUGGAUCACUGGCGUUCUCCGUCACGCUCUUCACCAUCUUCACGUUCAUCUGCAUGUCCGUGCUAUUGUUCAGACGCCGGCCCUCCAUCGGCGGAGAGCUUGGCGGCCCGAAAGUGUCCCGCCUCCUGACCACCCUCCUGUUCCUGGGUCUGUGGUUCCUCUACAUCCUCUUCUCCAGCCUAGAGGCCUACUGUCACAUCAACGGCUUUUAAAGAGGAGAUGAAGAAUGUUCCAGAAGAAUUUUGCACAGCAGCACACACAAAAUCGUUGACUCUCAGUCCAUUUAGUCCACGGUUUAACACAAAACAAGUGUAAGAUUCAUCUGGUUAAUAGGGCUUCAGAUACAUGUUCACAAACACUACAUUUAAGCAUGUGUAAACAGCGCAUUUUAAACACAUUCAUUGUUACUUGGAAGAUGAGGGUUAAGAGGAAGUAUUUUUGGAGGGUGAGAGCGUGAAAACGAAAGGUUACUGCGGAUAGUUAACGGGGAGCAGACGGAGAGUGACAGAGAAUGACUGUGACGGGAGAUUCAGAGGUGAAAAGAAGGUCAGGUCAGUCAGAGGAGUGCUGCUUUAUUCACUUUAAAGCCAGGUGUGUUUAUUUUGGGUUGAGGAGCUCACUUCCAGGAUCAGACCACUGAGACGGAUCACAAACCUGUGAGCAUUGAA